GAUCCAUCCUCCUGAUGUGAUUGGAAAGUAUGCUCCGGACUCUGUGAUCGGCAAGAUUGGCGGAGGUGGUGGUGGAGCAGUGGCUGGCGGUGCACCAGCAGCCGGCGGUGGCGGUGGCGGUAUCUCCAUGGCGGAGGUAGGAAAGCAUAAUACCAAGAGUGACUGCUGGGUUCCUUGUCAUUCCCUUUCUUUUGCAAAACAAGCAGAAAAACACGAGCAAAGGUGCAAGCGGUCUCCGGUGCAGGUUUUGGACGUUACUUCAUUCCUCUCGGAGCACCCUGGGGGUGAGCUGGCUAUUUUGACCUUUGCCGGAAAGGAUGCCACUGAAGAGUUCAACAUGAUUCAUCCACCUGAUGUCAUUGGCAAGUAUGCCCCGGACUCUGUGAUCGGCAUGGUGGGCAGUGGUGCUCCAGCUCCAGCAGCCAGUGGAGGCCUAGCAGAACCCUUGUUGGCGAAGAGCGGCCACCAGGGAAAGGACUGGUCCAAGUCUGAGAAGAACCGCGAAUUGCGAAUGAAGGGAGAGGGCAAGAUUGGGGGCUGGAUUGGCGCCAUUCUGUACAUGGUCUUGGGAUUCUUGAAGGAGGUUCUUUUCACCAUUGUCCCUCAGAAGAACGUGGUCUUCAACGGUGAUCGUGUUGGACUCACCCGCUCAGCCAUGUUCCUCUUUGUUUUCAUCAUUAUCCACGCAGUUGGAAACUUGCACGUCUUCCUCGGACCGGAUGACUUCAACGGCUACGGCUACUUCUACGUCCGGCUGUACUGGACCGGUUUCGGUAUGAAGGCCAACAUUGUGGAGGAGUACAUCCUCUUGGCCGCGUUGCUGCACGUCGUAGUUGCGCUGAAAAGAACGUGGGACAUCAGCAUGAACUACUCUGUGGCUUCUGGCAAACUGAACCUCGCGUUCUCAGGUGUUACUUUGCUAACCUUCAUGAUGAUCCACUUGUACCAGUUCCGUUUUGGCGAUACCCAUCCGUAUGUGCUGUGCCCUCCACCAUACCUGCUGAACUUGAAGACACUCCUGGCCUUGCGUUUGAACCUUUUCUGGGUGGACGAUCCCGGCUGCAAGGAAGUUGCCGUGCGCGACAUCUACCGAAUGGAGUUCGAAGUCUUCCAGUCAUUGGGCUGGGUGCUCUUCUAUUUGGCUGCAGUCAUCAUCUUCAGCACACACAUGUGCCUAGGUUGGCAGAAGGUCGUCCCCGCACCAGCCUUGGAAAUCCCUAAGAAGUACCAUGGCAGGGCCAUCCACAUGGGCUACAUUUUCACCAUUUUCAUUGCCCUGGUCUAUGCCAGCUUCCCCUUCUAUUGCCACAUUUUCAGCAUGUCUGGUGGUAGCCUGAGUGGCGAGCCAGCGACACCCUAAGAGUCUAAGACCCUUCACCCUCCUAAGAGGCAGAGAAGAAGGAAGAAGAUUGAACGAGUACAGCUCAGUACAGGAGGUUCUUGGAGUGAUGAGAGGUGUCAUGGAUGGCCAUAUUAUUUCAACGGCCUCCACACUACCUUUCUCUUGAGCCAGAACCUCCCUACUAGGAAGACCACAUUUUGUGGUGAGUCUGAUUGCUUCAAAAUUCUCGAUUGAACGUAGUCAACUCUGGCAAAGCCGGCAGGGUGAAUGUUCAGCAGUUGUACUUUGGCAAGGCUCAUGUUGGACCUGCCUUGCUGAACUUAAGUGAAAAGAGGGCCGAUCUAGAG